AGCUCAAGUUCACUUCUGUAAAGAACCCAACCAGAGACAGUAAAGCCACCGCACACCUCCCGAAAUGGCAUUCAAGUUUGUUUUCGCCCUUGCCUUCGUGGCCGUUGCCAGCGCCGGAUACGCCGUUCCCCAGGUCUACCACGCCGGUCCAGCGGUGGCCACCUAUGCCCAUGCCGCUCCCGUGGCUGUGGCCCAGAAGGUGGUGGUGAAGGCUGCCGAGGAAUACGAUCCCCAUCCCCAGUACCGUUUCUCCUACGGAGUCGAUGACAAGCUGACCGGCGACAACAAGGGACAGGUGGAGGAGCGCGACGGAGAUGUCGUCCGCGGAGAGUACUCCCUGAUCGAUGCCGACGGCUACAAGCGCACUGUGUCCUACACUGCCGAUCCCAUCAAUGGAUUCAAUGCCGUCGUCAAUCGUGAGCCCCUCGUCAAGGCCGUCGCUGUUGCUCCCGUUGUGAAGACCAUUGCCGCUCCCGUGGCCCACUAUGCUGCCCCCACCCACUACGCCGCUCCCGCUGUCGUGAAGACUGUGGCUCCCGCCUACCAGUCCUAUGCUGCUCCCGCUAUCGUCAAGACUGUGUCUCCCGUGGCUCACUACGCUGCUCCUGCUCAGUACACAUCGUAUGCUGCCCCCGCUCCCGUGGCCCACUAUGCCGCUCCCGCUGCCCAGUAUACCUCUUAUGCUGCCCCCGCUCCCGUUGCCCACUACGCUCAUGCCGCCCCAGCUGUGACAUACUCUGCGCCCGCUGCCCACUACUCCACGUACGCUGCCCCCGCCGUUAGCUACCACCACUAGGACCAUCGUAGG